UGGACGCCAGGGACAGCUCAUGCAUGCCACCGUCCAGUCUCUCAACAGCCUGAAUGACCAGAUUGCUCAGUUCAUGGUGACCCGACCUUGUAGCCUGGCUCACGAGGACGAGGCCUUCAUGCCGGGAGAGAGGGACACCUUGAGGAAGUCCAUGACUCUGAUGAGACACCUGCUCGUGGAUGCUCAGGGGAAAAUUCUUAAAAUGAUGGAAGACAACAAACAUCUGGCACAGAGGAUUGAUGGGGCCAUCCAGUCCGCCAGUCAGGAAGUGACCAACCUCCGCUCUGAGCUCUCCGCCACCAGCCGCAGACUGGCAGAACUGGGUGCCAGCAGCCCCCCUGCCUUGGAGAACCACCACCAGUACAAUCACCACGAUGACAGCCUCCACUACCGGGAUCCAUCGAUGCAUCACAGACAGAAGACAGUGAUGACAGGCAUGUGCUACCCGACAGAGAUAUCCAGCCUGAUGGACUUUGGCACCCCAGACUGCUCUCUAGGCAAAGUGUUGUUGCGUGAGGAGGUGGCCCAGCUUCAAGACGAGGUCCACCUGCUGAGGCAAAUGAAGGACAUGUUGAGUAAGGACCUGGAGGAGACCCAGGGUGGCUGCUCUGCCAAUCUGCUCUCAGCCACCGAGCUCCGUGUGCAGCUGGGUGACAAGGAGCAGGAGCUGGACCGAGCCAAGGAGGCCUUACAAGCUAUGAAAGCUGACCGCAAGCGUCUAAAAGUGGAGAAGGCCGACUUGAUGAGUCAGAUGCAGCAGCUGUACACAACACUGGAGAGCAGAGAAGACCAGCUGCGGGAAUUCAUACGCAACUACGACCAACACCGAAAGGAGAGCGAGGAUGCAGUGAAAGCCCUGGCAAAGGAGAAGGACAUGCUGGAGAGGGAGAAGUGGGACCUGAGGAGGCAGACCAAAGAAGCCACAGAACAGGCCAACACCCUGCGUUCUCAGAUGGACAUGAAGGAGAACAGGGUCAAAGAACUGGAGGCCGAGCUCACCAUGGCAAAGCAGUCUCUGGCCACCUUGACAAAAGACGUACCUAAGCGCCACUCGUUGGCCAUGCCUACAGAGCCUGUGGUGAAUGGCAGUCAGGAGUGGGUGAUGCAGGCCGACCUGCCGCUCACGGCCGCCAUUCGUCAGAGCCAACAGACCCUCUACCACGGACACACCACGGACAGACAGGCUGUGGUCAGGAUCAGCCCCUGUCACUCUCGCCAGCCCUCUGUCAUCUCCGACGCCUCGGCAGCCGAUGGAGACCGUUCAUCCACGCCGAGCGACAUCAACUCGCCUCGUCACCGGACGCACUCCCUCUGCAAUUCCAUGGAGGAUCUGGAGGACCAGAAGCGUAAAAAGAAGAAGGAGAAGAUGACUCUGGGAUCCCUGUCGAGAGUGUUCGCUCGAGGCAAGCAGCGCAAGUCACUGGACCCCGGCCUGUUUGAUGACUCUGACAGCCUCACACAGCAGAGCCUGUCUGACGGAGAGGAGCAGCUGGACCGCCUCCAGCAGGCCGAGCUCACUCGAAACACAUGCAUGUCGCUGUGGAGGGCAGGUGCAGUCCAGGCCUGGCUGGAGGUUGUCAUGGGAAUGCCCAUGUACAUCCGAGCCUGCUCUGAAAACGUCAAAAGUGGCAAGGUGCUGCUAGGCCUGACAGAUGAGGAUUUGGAGCUGGGUCUGGGCAUCAGUAAUCCCAUUCAUCGCAGGAAACUGAGACUGGCCAUUGAGGAUUACAGGAGAGCUGAAGGGGACCAAGGACUGUCGAAAGCGUCCGAGAUGGACCAUCACUGGGUUGCAACAUCGUGGCUGAGUGACGUGGGGUUACUUCAAUACUCGCAGACCUUCCAGACUCAUCUAGUGGACGGGCGAGUGCUGAACUCUCUGAGCCGCAGAGACCUGGAGCGAAUCCUCAACAUCAGCGACCAGUUCCACCAGACCAGUCUACUCCUGGCAAUCCAGUUAUUGCAGAUACUCAGUUUUGAUAAAGAGGCCCUUCAGGCACAGCGGGCAAAAUGUGAGCUCCAAGACCGGGACCCCAUUGUUUGGACAUGUCACAGAGUAAUGAAAUGGAUCAGAGACAUAGACCUCAAGGAAUUUGCAGACAAUCUUCAGGGUAAAGGGAUUCAUGGAGCUGUGAUGGCCCUUGACCCAUCCUUUGACACAGACGCCAUGGCCAAAGCGCUGGGGAUCCCCAACAACAAACACAUGCUGCAUCGCCACCUGUACGAAGAGAUGAUAUCCCUCGCUGUCCCUCACAGCAGUGCAGAGCAGGGCAGUGAAGUUAUCAAUCCCUCUCCACCUGUGGCUGUUAAGCGCUUUUCUGAGGAGAGGUUGUCGAUGAGAAGAUCAGGGAAGAGUCCACUGAGGUUACGUGCGAACAACCACUCUGUGGAGCGAGGUCUGGGCUUCCACGGCAGCUGCGGAUCUCUGCCCAGAGAGGCCAGAGUUCAGGCCAUUCCCCGGGCCAUUCCCCGGGCCAAAGGCAGCCCGAUGCACACGUACAAGAGUGUUGAAAUCACCAACGUCUGAAGCAGCCUCAGCCAUCCAGAUCGCUCACACUGUUGCUAUUGUUUACAUUGUUGUUGUAUUAUAGUUGUUUACUACUGAGAGUGACCUACACUCAGCAUAGCUGGACUUUUAAGAGGAAGUCUUAAAGGCGUGUACCUCUUAAUAAUUCAAAUAUAUUCGUAUUGUGGCCAAUGUAAGAAUAACACAUACUUUGAACAGAAACAAAGAUCAUUGUUGACCUGAUGGAGCCGUUGUAAAUAUAAUGAAGGAGCAUUUUGUUGUUUUUUUCAACUAAAUGUCCAAAUGAGUUUUAUAUUAUGAGUUUAUAGAAGGCUUAGAAGAAUAACCUACACCGAUAACUGAACACAGUGUUGUUCUCCUUCGAUGCCUUAUAUCAAAUAGGUCUCACAGCACUGUUGUGUACUGCUCUUCUCUUUCAACUACUUCUAACUUUAAAUGAAUAAUUGUGCUCGAGAUGUAGGAAAAAAGUCAUUAUAACAUGCUUUCACUGUAGAGAUACUGUUAAUCUUCUGCGGACACCUGAACUGUGUCAGGUCAGAAGCUGUACACUGAGAUGCAGUUUGUUUGUCAUCACAGUCGUAAUUAUUAUUGUAAUAAAUAUUAGAUCUUUGUUUAAAACAACAUUAGAAAAUAAGCCAUUUGGACAUGUAGGAAAAGCUAAAAAUGGCAAAAAGAAAACUCGUAAAAAUCCAUCUUCUCACUAGUGUUACAUCAUAUCAUCAAUUAAUUUAAAAAACUAAAGUAAUUUUGGUUUUCAUUUCGAUGUGAAUGUUGAGAGAAUUGUAUUGACAAAAAGCAUCCUAUGUAGGUUAUACAGUAUGUAGAUGAAAUACACUGUUGAAUGUUGGGUUGUGAAAGUGAUCAUGUGUAAAAAUGUAAUCAAAUGAUCUCCACAUGUUUAUACUGUAUAAGCACUGAAGAAAAGGCAAUGCUGUUACUUAUAUUAUGAACUCAGUGAGGAGAAUAUUAUGGUGUAUUUUGUAAAGUUAAAUCAUGUUUUAUAACACACAGUUGUAUAAAGUUUUUCCUGAGCAUUGAAAACACACAUAUGAAAUGGCACAGGCACUGUGUGCAGCCCAACGCCUGAGGUUAAUCCAAAUAGAAAACAGGUUUGUGAGCCACUUUUCGGGCGUCUCCGUCAGUCACCAAAGGUGAAGUUCUUUAAGCGGGAAGAUCAGACCAGCUCAAACCUGUAUGGAAACAGAAGGGAAGUCAAAUGGUGUUUGCUUUUGACACCAGUGUUAAUAUGACCUUUAGCUGUCUUUCACCCAGCUGUAAAAGCUUUCCAUGUAUGCCAACAUUAAAGGUGAAAUUAUUGUGAAUUUAUACAGCAAAGCCCUGUUAUUGUUAUUUUUCAAGACAAAUGCAUUAAAAUAUUUCUUAAAACAUUAA